GUAUAUAAAUAUAUAGUUUAUAUGAUUGCAUAUUUACCAUGGACACGUAAAAAAUACGCGAAGAAAAUAAAAAAAAAAUAGACAGAAAGAAAAUAUAAAAGAGAUAAAAAAAAUUUAGACCGACUUUAUCAUCCUACUGCUUGUUUCUUUGUGCAACAUUGCUUACCGUACGUAUAACAGAGAUCACUCUCUGCUAUCACAAACAUACAUACAUACAUACAUACACAAACACACACACAUACACACACACACACACACACACACACAUAUAUAUAUAUACAUACACGCACGUACACAGUCUCACAGAGUCUCCCCGUCACGACAGACUCGACAACACAAUACAACGCUCAAUAUCCACACUUACACGUGCGCGCGCGCACACAUACACACACACACUAACAGACACACACAUGCACGCACACACACGCACGCACAUGCACGCACAAACACGCACACAUUCACACACAUACACAUACGCAUAGACACACUUAAACGUAACACACACACACACACACACACACGAACACGCACACAUUCACACACUUACACAUACGCAUAGACACACUUAACGUAACACACACACACACGCAUACACACACAAACCUGCACACAUUCAUACGCAUACAUUCACACACAUACACAUACGCACAGAGACUUAAAAGUAACACACACACACAAACACGCACACACACACACACAAACACGCACACAUUCACACACAUACACAUACACAUAGACACACUUAAACGUAACACACACACACACAUACACACACACAUACAAGGCAUACAACAUAUUUCUCCCUCUUCGCCACCCCCUUACACUCCCACACACACGCACACACGUGCCCCCCCCCUACCACCAUCACACACACAACAUUCAGCCUACACACAAAAUACAUCAUACAAGGCAAUUCCUUCGAUGUCUUAAUCACAGGAUCCUACCGAUUACACGAAAGGUGAACGAAAACGGAUUCCGAGGCAGAUGUCUAAAAGGCGCAUCAAAUCACUAACUGUGGAAGAGAUUUUGACCACACUGGAAGAAGUUAUGGAAGAUGAAGAUGUAGAAUCGGCAGAUGCUGUUAUCAUCCCACCAGAAGCUGAUGCCCUAACUGACAAUGAAGACAUUGACGAUGACUGUACUGGAAAUGUUGACAUUGAGGACGUAGCCGGAUCAUUCGAAUUACAUGUUGCUGCACAGAUCGUCAGUGAAGAAGUAAUUGAGGAUACAACAGGAGAAAAUGUUGCUAAUUAUCCGGAAAUUGGCGUUGAAACAAUGCCAGCACCAAAAAAAAACAAAACUAUGCAAUUCAGUACCAACAUGGCGGUGUAAGGCACCGGAAUAUACAAAAGUUCAUGAUCGCAGUAAGGCUUAUGAAAAUAACUUGAUGAACAUGAAAGAACAAUUGAAGGGCUCAACUCCAGUUGAAGUAUUUGAAGACAUUUUUUCUGAAGAAAUCGUACAGCUCAUGAUCAAAGAAAGUGUUAGAUAUGCUACAGAACGUAAGAACAGGUCCACAGCUACAAUUAGCUCAGACGACAUAAAACUAUUCAUUGGAGUGUUACUAAUAUCUGGUUAUCAUAAACUCCCUGCAGAAACACAAUAUUGGUCGAACGAUGAAGAUCUGGGCCGACAAAUCGUGAAAAAUGCAAUGUCUAGAUCAAGAUUUCAAGAAAUGAAAAGCAUUCUACAUUUCUGCGACAAUAAUGAAGCCGAAAAUAAUAAAAAAUGAUAGAGGAUUCAAAGUAAGAAAACUGAUUGCUGCUCCGCAAAAAUCAUUCAUGAAAUUUGGUAUUUUUGAAGAACACCUUGCUGUUGAUGAAAUGAUAGUCAAAUGUUAUGGCCAUCACGCUCUGAAACAAUUCAUUAGGAGUAAGCCAAUUAGGUUUGGCUACAAGUUUUGGGCAUUAUGCGGUGUCUCUGGUUAUUGCUACAAUUUUGAUCUUUAUUGUGGCAAGAGCUCAUUUGAUGACAACCGCGUGGACUUACUGCUUGGAUUAAAAGUUAUAUUGAACAUGCUAGAUGUCGUAGAAGAACCACAAUCAUAUACUGUCUUCUUUGAUAAUUUAUUUACCGGAUAUGAGUUACUGGUUCAUCUUCGCGAACUCGGCUUUCAAGCAACUGGAACUGUGCGCGAGAACAGGCUAAAGAAAUGCCCUUUGAUGGAAGCAAAAGAACUGAAAAAGCAAAAAAGAGGAACAUACAGCUUUAGAUUUGACACCAAUGAAGAAAUUCUUUUCGUAAAAUGGCUUCAUAAUACAUGCGUCACUAUUGGAACUAAUUAUGAUACAGUGGAACCUCUUCAAAAAGUGCAACGCUGGCUGAAGGAAUGCAAAGCAAAGGAUUCAGUUUCUCAACCUCAUGUGUUCAAAAAUUACAGCGCAUAUAUGGGAGGUAUCGAUAAGCAUGAUUGGUGGAUCAGCAAAUAUGCAACAACAAUCAGAGCUAAAAAGUGGUAUUGGCCUAUCUUCAUUCGAAUUGUGGACAUGGCAGUUGUGAAUGCCCAUAUCAUAUAUAACUUGAUAAAUAGCGACGAUGAAAAACCAGCCACCAAAAUGGAUUUGCUUUUAUUUAGAAGAGCAAUUUGCCGAUCCUAUUUGAAAAUUUCUACAAACAGGCAACAACUAGGUAAAAAGCGCAGCUGUUCAGCGCCUUCACAAAUCCCUCACGAUGCUCGUUUUGAUUGCAAAGGACACAUUAUAAUGAAACGAAGUGAACAAAGGCGAUGCCAGAAUAAGCCAUGCACUGCUAGGCCCAGGACAUAUUAUUCGAAAUGCACAGUCACUCUAUGUGUAACCUGUUUCUCUUCUUAUCAUAAGUACAAUGGCUGAAGAUAAAAGUAGCUAUCAAAAAUUGAUCAAAGUGUGCAGUCACUAUAUGUGUAAACUGUUUCCCUUCAUAUUGUUAUAAUUACAAAGGACAAACAUUUUUAGCAUUAGUUCAUAUUACUUAUUUUUGUAUAGCUAAUUUUUCCCUUUCAAAAUAAAAAUAUCUUUUUUUGCUUUGAAAAAUAAACUGUU